AUGUUGUUUGUUUUUUCUUUCUAGUUGAAUAUGAUUUUAUUUUAUGUUUUUAUUUUAAUUGGAUUAGAGAAGUUUUUUAUCAAGGCAUGUUUUUUUUAGAUGUUGUUUGAUUUUCUUUCUUUUUAUCAUCCUGAAAAGAGAAGUAUUUUUUUAAGAGGGAAUAAGAAGGUUUUUUAAAAAAUAGGGUUAAUAUAGGAUUUUAAAUAAAAGCGAGAAGCAGCGGUAGGAUUUGGUAAACUGAUUAGGCUUAAAUCUUUAUAGAUUUAUCUUCCACUUUACUUUGGUUUCGCUCUCACGCUGUCUCCAUACCUUCCUGUGCACCGCUUAAUACUGGUUACUAAGGCACACAAUUAGCUAGCCACAAUAUAUCCGUAGAUAUAAAGCAGCGCAUGUGGCAAUUCUUUAACAAAUUUGGCGAGUGGUCGAUAUGAUCAUUUAUAUAUAUAAUUGGUUAUUAAAAUUUAUAUGAUCAUAUUCUGA